AUGGUGUCUGUAAUAUUAUUUUCGGUUCCUCUUGUAACUCACUAUUAUUUAUCCAAGUAUGAAUCUUCAUCAUCAUUGGGUUUAAAUGCAAUGCAAAAUACUUUAGACGCAUUAGUUGAUAUUUCGACAGUCAAUGCAGAGGAUCUGAAAAUAAGGAUUAAGGAAAUGCUUCGAAUAAAGGCGUCUGUUUCCACGGAAUUGCGAGAGUUGGAAGAGAGACGAGGUCGCUUACAAAAGGAAGCAGCUGCAGCCAGUGCUAAGGCAGAGAGUGUAAAGGCAGAAUAUACUCGUGCCACGGCUGAGCUGCAGCGACUCCGGGUAUCUGCUGACCAAGCACGUCUCGCGCAACUCGAAGCCAUCCGUCGAGACUCACCUGAACUGGCGCCUCCGAAUCAGAUUCUACCUUCGCGUCCACCUCCUAUUAUACCAUCUUUACACCCCUCCUCUGAAGUCCAUUGUCGUAUGCACUCAUGCUUUGACCAUUCCCGCUGUUCCCUAACUUCAGGUUUUCCUAUAUACUUUUAUGACCCCGAUAUUUACUCUCCUCUGGCCAGUGCUGAAAUAGAUGGGUUUUUGAAGACGACUUUGCGACAAACUUUGAGUUAUAACGCACAUUUGACACGAAACCCUAAUGAAGCCUGUCUUUAUCUGGUGUUGAUUGGAGAAGCUUUUCCUUCAAAUAAAAAUCCAUCGUCAACAACCGAACCUUACAGAUUACUCCUAAAUGAAACAGCAAUCAAACAGCUACCAUUUUGGGGUGGUGACGGCAGAAAUCAUGUGUUGUUGAACCUAGCAAGACGAGAGCUCUCUGUCGGGUCAGGAGAUGCUUUCCUGGGGACGUCUACUGGCAGGGCAAUGAUAGCUCAGUCGACUUUUAAAUUGCAACAGUUUCGACCGGGAUUCGACGUUAUUACGCCACCUGCUCUAGGCCCCCCGGGUGGUGACGUUUGGGCAGAAUGCGCUCCUAUGGCUCCAGCGAGACGAAAAUAUUUAAUGAGUUUUCAGGGGUCAAAAUCGCCCGCCACCGAUCCGAACAGAGACAACGACAAACAGUUAAUAGAGGCACUUCAGAAGACUGCGAAGGACUCUCCCACGUCCGACGUCUUCUUCUUACAAUUCGAAUGCGACCCGUCCGUGGAGCGAAGAGCUCUACUACCCAUCGGAGACUGGGCGUUGUGUGGAACGGACAGGUCAAGACGUUCCGUCCUCCGCGACUCUACGUUCGUUUUAAUAUUAGCUCCAGCCGACCAUACUUACGCUUCCACGGCUCUUUUACAAGCGAGGCUGUACGAAGCGUUGCGAUCUGGUGCAAUACCAGUCAUACUCGGCGGUGACAGGACACGCUUGCCCUAUGACGAGGUGCUUGACUGGCGGCGAGCCACUCUCUCGUUACCCAAAGCCCGAGUCACCGAACUACAUUUCUUGCUGCGGGCACUAUCUGAUGCGGAUCUCCUGACCUUCAGGAGACAGGGUCGUUUACUUUGGGAGAGGUAUAUGAGUUCGUUACAAGCGAGUGUCGAUACGUUGAUAGCUGUUAUCCGUACGCGUUUGAAUAUCCCCGGACGUCCAGUGGCACCGAUAAUGGGGACACCCGCGUUCAACGAAUCCUAUUAUCCAACUAAGGUGGAACCUCCGGCUGUCGAUUCGGAGCCAGAAGAGACGUUGGGGCCUCUCGAAGCGCCCUACCCGAGUCCAGCGUAUCGACGGAACUACUCGAUGAUAUUGUUGCAAGGUUACGAGAUGUGGAACGAGUGGGGGGAGCCGUUCACCAUAUACCCGCAAUUGCCUUGGGAUCCCCCGGUGACGUCAGAGGCUAGGUUUAUGGGUUCCGCGGCAGGGUUCCGGCCGAUCGGCGCCGGUGCUGGCGGGUCGGGUAAGGAGUUCAGCGAGGCGUUGGGAGGGGAUCGGCCGAGGGAACAAUUCACCAUUGUUAUACUGACAUAUGAGCGAGAAGCUGUUCUAGCUGCGGCUCUUGCGCGAUUGCGAGGGUUGCCCUACUUGAACAAGGUGGUGGUCGUUUGGAACGGAGUCACAGGUCCGUCUUCCAGCACCUCGUGGCCGGAGUCAGGUGCGCCGGUAGCAGUAGUUCGGACCCAACGCAACUCCCUCAAUAACCGCUUCCUGCCUUAUCACCUCAUUGAGACUGAGGCUGUGCUCUGUGUGGACGACGAUGCCCAUCUUAGACACGAUGAGAUCGUUUUCGCCUUUAGAGUGUGGCGCGAACAUCGCGACAGGAUCGUCGGCUUUCCCGGAAGAUAUCACGCCUGGGACUUGAACUUCAAUAAUGGUUUUCUCUACAAUUCCAACUACAGCUGCGAGUUAAGUAUGGUGUUGACUGGGGCAGCAUUCGUCCAUCGGUAUUACCUUUGGGCGUAUUGGAGGCUGUUGCCCGCUGCUGUUCGAGAUUACGUGGACGAAUAUAUGAACUGCGAAGACAUCGCUAUGAACUUUCUGGUCUCGCACAUCACCAGGAAACCUCCAGUAAAGGUGACGUCACGAUGGACCUUUCGUUGUCCUGGGUGUCCGGUGACUCUGUCAGCCGAUGAAACUCAUUUCCACGAGAGGCAUAAGUGCAUUCAGUUCUUCUCGCAGGUCAUGGGCUACACACCAUUACUCUCUACCCAGUAUCGGGCGGAUUCGGUCCUGUUCAAGACGCGUAUACCUCACGACAAACAAAAGUGCUUUAAGUUCAUAUAG